UAGGUACACCUGUCGCGGCGGCUACGAGAUGCCGGAUGAAUAAAUAUAUUAAAAAGGUGAUGGCAUUGGCAGGCAGCCUGCCAAAUCAAAUUACGCCUCUUCUCUCUUUGUUCUUUAAAUUCUCUUUGAUCAUCAUUCUCCCCCAUCUUGUUGAAUCAAAUCUUUAUUUUAAAAAAAUGGGAAUUCCGUCAGAAAUGAGGGAUGUUUGGGUACAGAGAAGAGCAAAGUUCUUCAUAAUUCCUUCUCCCGCUGAAGACCAGAAGAAAUUGAGAGCCCAGCAAUCCUCCCAAGAAGGUAUUCGUGCCGGUCUCAAGGCUGCCGCCAUUACCGGCGUUUUUACCGCUGUGCCUACAUUGAUUGCAGUUCGUAAGGUUGCUUGGGCAAAGGCAAACCUCAACCAUACUGCUCAAGCACUUAUCAUAAGUGGAGCAUCGAUUGCCGCUUACUUCAUUACUGUUGAUAAAACCGUGUUGGAAAGCGCUAGGAAGAAUUCUCGAGCUCAAUUUGACAACAAAAUUGCUUGAAUACCUCAUCCGAAGGUAAUGCAAAAUGGACUGAGAGCAACUUUACUAUAUGUGUUACAGUUUAAUGAUGUCGGUCACAUUAUGCGAUUGUUUUCCUUCCUGGGUUUUAUGUUCAAAUGUUGAUUCUCUGUUCCAGAAUUUAAGCUGGUUUGCAGUUUUUAGGUUCGAUUGUAUGUUGUUUUAUUGUAUGUAUUUAACAAAGUAGUAGCGAGUGUUCAACUCAUAUCAAUGAUAUAAGUUCAAUUUGUAAAUUCAAAUUGCAAGGAUUACCUACUAGUGAUGUGUGGGGUAAUGAUUUACUCUUAUUAA